AUGUCUUUACCGGCAAGAUUAUCGCGCAUGGCGCACCGAUUUUUCUCCCAGAUCGUCGCCGAGGACGAAUCUGAGGACGAAUCGAACGAUGUUGGGUUUGUACCCCGUACCGAGGAUCUCACCGUGGAAUACGACACCUGUAUUGACAUUAGUUCUGUUAUUGAUGUUGUGGGCACUGAGAGGGAUGCAAGCGACAGGGAUGAUGUGGUUGAGGGCGAAGGAGAUGGCGCAACUGGCGAUAUUGUCACUGAUAUGGCUCUUACCGACAUGGACGAUGUCAGCUCCGCUGGUGAUGCCAGCUCGGAUGGCGAUGCCAGCUCGAUUGGAGGUGACGACGGUGUGGCAGUUGUUGACAAGGACAUUACUUCGACAAUUGUGAACGAGGUUGUUGAGUCACGUGAUCGAGCAUGUGAUGGUACUCCGGAGGCACGUGAGGCCGGACACCAAGAUACCGGCGCCGUCCCCGUUUCUAAUCACGUUCACAGCCAAACAAUCAAGGUGACUCGAGCCCCUCGGCUUCGACCGGAUCUCAGCGAUUCGGAAAUGUCCGGAAUUUCAGACGAGUCCGAAGUCGACGUUGAGGUCGAGAACGUGGUGGACACAGACGCGCCGCUCACUGACGUCAUCAAUGGUAUUGUGCGGGAGCGACGCAAGCAGGCAAAGCGAGAAGCCCGUAAACGAGCAAAGACUCACCAGAAGAACAAGGGCUACAAGAUUUCAAAGCCACACAAGAAGCAUGAGCACAAUGCCAAGGAGUUGGAGGCAAUUGAGCGACAGUUGGAGGAGGAGGUUUAG